AUUCCAUUAUGCAAGUAUUAGAGGUUUGAACAUCGAAACAUCGCAUACCAAUAAAUAAAUACAUGAGAAUCCCAUUAGUACGCUGCCCAGACUCGUGCAUUAUACACCCAACUCACCGCCAAUGUCCUCACAGAUCUCCCACUCUUUCUUUCUUUCUUUAUUCGCAAUCCGUUCAAUAAACCUCUCAAUCACCUCGGCUGAGUCAAUCCUCCCAAUCUACAACACAAUACAACACCUCUUUCUGUAUACCUACAAUCAGAAGUCACUCGAGACUGACUUUGCAUUUGAUCCUCGAAUCCACGGGCUAGUAUAUAUAAACCCUUCCUCGACAUCAGAUUCAAUCUUCCUCAGUCGAAGAGAGCAUCAGCCCAACAAUCACCAUGUUCAAGUUCGUGAUCCUUCUGUGCGCCUGCAUCGCCGCCGCUCCAAUCGCCUACAGCGCACCUCUGGCUAUCGCUGCACCAGCUUCGAUCAUCAGGACUGCUCCUCUGGCAAUCGCUGCUCCUCUGCCUAUCCUCAGGGCUGCUUCUGCUGUCAACUAUGGAACCUCGACCAUCGUCAAGUCCGCGCCCAUCGCUUAUGAUGCUGCCUGGUGA